AUGACCCGAAGAUGUUUCACAAAGUUGUGUAACAUGCUUCACACAUUAGGAGGGUUAACAACAAGUAGACAUAUGGACAUCGAUGAACAAGUGGCAAUAUUUCUUCACAUCAUUGCCCAUAAUGUUAAGACUCGGGUGAUGAUAGGUCGGUUCCAUCAUUCAGGAGAAACUAUUAGUAGAAUUUUUACCCGGGUUUGCAACGCGGUGAUAAGGUUGCAUCCACAAUUGCUUAAGAAACCCGAACCUGUCACCGAGAACUCUACCGAUCAAAGAUGGAAGUGGUUCAAGGUAAUGGAAAAAGGUAGAAAAUAUCAUAACUGGACAAUUAAUGAAGAUGCCAAGCUGGUGGAAGUAUUGGAAAAGAUUCCAGAAUCUUGUCUGAUGGGUAAACCCCAUAUUGAGUCAAGGAUCAAGACCAUGAAGAAAGAUUGGCAAAUUGUUUAUGAUAUGGUGAAUGGUACAAAUACAAGUGGUUUUGGUUAUGAUAGCUCUACACAUUCUGUAACAACGGAACCAACAGUUUGGGAGUCUUACAUUCAGGUUCAUAAAGAGGCGGGCAAAUGGAGAAAUAACAUAUUUCCUCAUUUGAGGACUUGUGUAUUUUUUGGGAAGGACAGGGCUCAGGGGAAUAAAGCAAAAGAUUUCGCCGAAAUGGAAGAAGAUGCAAACAAUGAAGAACAAGAUGAAGAAAUAGACAUUGAUCCCGACCUUCUAGUGGAAGAAGAUGCAAACAAUACAAGCACACACACAAAGAAGAGGAAAAGUAUAUUUGAUCUUGUUGUUCAAGGAAUAACGAUUGCAGCUAAUGUGCUUGGAGAAAAACUUGAGAAAGCAGCAAGCAGCACGAAUCAAGCUAUACUAGGAGAAACAGAUGUACAAAAGAAAGCUUCUAUGGUGAUUUCUAAAGUUUCCAAAAUGCAGUCAUUGAGUGCAUUGGAUAGGUUCAAAGCAAGUCGCAAAAUAAUGUGUGAUCCAGAAACUGUGUUGAGUUUUUGGAAUUUGGAAGGAGAAGAUCGUGAGAAUUUGGUGAUGUUUAUGUUGCACGAGUGA